CAAACUGUAAACAGGAAGCGCAUGUGUCGCGCCGGUUGCGUCUGUAGUAUCUUUUUUGCUGCAGUAAAUCUCUCAAACAGAUAUGUCUGAUUUGAAUUUUGCAACUCAAAGCUUUGUAAUGUGAAACAUUAGGUUUGUGUUAAAAGACUGAAUUCGCGUAAUUGUGCUAACGGACAGCCUUGCCCGUGUAGCAGUAUUUGAUGCAGUGUGUAGCGGCGGUAUUAUUCUUUUUAAUGUUAAUUUGCGUCAAGCAAACUUGCUAAUUUUAAAACUCUUAGCGUGGCUGUAUUAAAGCACGAAACAAAAGGACGUGUUAGCAUGUUAGCUAACUACAGUCGUGUAUCGUGUCAUUAGCAUGGGCGCUCACCGGUGUAGCGUGGUUACUAUUGGAGACAGGAGACGCCUAAUCAGAUUUAGCUAGCAUAAGAUAACUUAAGCUAAAAUACUCUCAACUUUAAUGCUACCAGGAGAGAUUCAACAUGGCUACAAAGCUGAAGGGCAAACCAUCCAAAAGUUCAUUUGGAGAUGAAGAUUUGCUCGACAGCUUAUUUGAUGAUAACAAACUCCCAGUGAGGGGGAAAGCGACUCGCAGUGGACCACUGAGUCGCACCUCUGCUACGGAUAACAUUUUCAGUAUGCUAGCAGAGGAGGUAGGGAGAGACGGCGGGGACACGGAGGACUCUGACGUCUCAGCAGCAGAUCCUAAUGACAUACUGAAGAACAUGAAGGACAUGGAUGAUAUGGAUGCAGACCUUUUUGCAUUAAAGAAAAAGCCCAGUUCAGCUCCUGCAGCACAAACAAAGCCGUUUGGUGAUGAAGGGCCAAGGAAAAACUCUCCAAAGUUAGAAAGUAAAGUAAAACCGGAGGGAGCAAAUGAACCCACCACCACAGGAGGGAGGAAGCCUAACUCUGCACCUUCGUCUACAGCACAUAACUACAAGAAGUUCACCUUCUCUGACAGUGGUGGUGAGGAUGAAGGUCUUGGUCAGACUCCUCACACUAAAGAUGUGGACGACCCCCUGGAUGAUCUACUUGAUGACUUGCUUUCAGAUGAAACCAAGCCGGAACCUAAAUCCAGAACACAGCAGGCUAAACCUGAAAAAUCUGCGCCAUCUCUUUCAGCCUCUCCUAUCCUAAAGACUGAAACAUCUAAGACAGCGAAACAAAGAAGCGAUCUUACAUUUGAUGAUGAUAAGGACGACCUCAUGGAUGCCCUCGGAUUUGAAAGUGAUAAAAACAAAUCCAAGAAAAAAGAGAGCGCUCUUUGGUCCAACAAGGAAAGGGGUGAGACCCAUCACAGACCUCGUACCAAACUCGAUGAGAUCCUGGAGAGUUUGACUUCACCUCGUCUUCUGGAGCGACCUCCAACAGGCGAGAGGAAGGAGCAGCCUCACACUCAAGAGAAGCAGCAACAAGAGAAGACGCUCAGUGUGAAAGAACCAGUUCCAGAAGAAGAGCUCACGUUUGGCUCCUAUCAGCCCACUCUGGCUUCCACUCCUGAAGGGCGCCUUUCCCGCAGACAGUCUGUCAGAUUUUCUACAGAAGAUGUCGGUCCCUCUACCCCAGAGAAGAAACCAAAACCCACCACCCCCACCUCCUCACGACACCGCGGCUCAGCUGACUGGCUCGGCCUCAAGACAAACGACGACCUCGUCUUCCUAGAGGAUGAUGCAAAAGACACCAAGGCUUUAAUAGAGUCUCCAAAGGCUCCUUUUUCUCCUUUAUUAGAGAGAAAAUCCUCUCUGACUGUAAGCCAAGCCACAUCUGCUCCAAAAAUAUCAGCAGACACCCCUAUUGUAACGGAAAAUGUUACCAAACAAACCAAACCAGAGCUCUCUAAAAGCCAGCAGAAAGAAGAGGAGGAGGAGGAGGAGGAUUGGUUAGCAGGAGCCCUGAGCAGAAAGAAAGCUCUGUCAGUGUCAAAGUCUGAGACAAAGACCUCCCAUGAAGACGCUUUGGGCCUGGGAGAAGAUCUGGAGCCCACUGUCAGUAAGCAACUCCCUUCACAAGCUCCCCGGGGCAGAGAGGACACUGUUACAUCUGUCAAGGAAACUAGCACUGCUUAUUCCACUCCUGUCAGAGAUACGAGGACCAAGCAAGAUUGCCCUCCUUUGCCAGUCUCUGCUGCUAGCGUUAGCCACACCCAACCCCAGCUUCAAACUCAACUGCUACUAUCCCACAAAGCAUCCAGUCAGGCAGCUGAAGAAACCCUGCAACAGCUGCAGCUGCUCAACCCUGUCUCUACUAUAGCGCCUGGCUCAAUGAGGUCUGUUCCACAACAAAACCAAAUGCAAAAUCCACCAAGUGCAGCCCAACAACAGUUGACGCUUUCAGCAGACAGUCUGCAGCAGCUGCUUCUACAACAGCAGAUGAUGCAGUCUCAGCUGCUGGGUCUAGGUGGUGGUGUGGAUGCAGGACUCCUGCAGAGACUUAAAGACAGAGAGCAGCAACCUGGAGAUUAUCAGGCUUUACAGACUCGCAUCAUUCAGCUGGAAGGACAGGUGAAGACGCUGCAGCUGGAGCGAGAGCAAAGUCAAAUGUUCCUCGAGUGUGUCCAGCAGCGCCAUAAACAGGAUGUGGAAAUCAUGGAGAACACACACAAGGCUCGUGUGAAGCUGCUUGAGGAAUCAGCAGCCCAGAGGGAGACACAUGCACGGCAGGAGUGUGAGGACCUGAUGGAACGCCUGGCGACAGCAACACGAUCCGCUGAGCAGGACCGCUCCGAGCUGCAGGCCCAGUACCAGCGCAAACUGGCCCAGGCCCAGCAAGACAGAGACCGCGAGGUGGACAGACUCAGAGACCUCCAAAGGAAAUCUAUCUUGGAGAUGAAGAAGGACCAUGAGGACCAGGUCCACAGACUGAAGAAGUUAAAGGACGAAGAGAUUGACGCAGUUACAAGUGCAACAUCUCAGACCAGAUCUCUUACAGUGCUGAUUGAGCAGAUGGAGCAGUUUUCCUCUCGGCUGGGGGAUCUUUCUACUCGGGUGGAGAGCACACAUGAACACACGGCUCAGGGCCUGGAGCAGGGGGCACGGCACAGAGACGAGCAGCUCCGAAUGCUGCAGGAGCGUCUGAGCCAGCAGCAGAAAGCCAUGACGGAGGAGAGAGCGUACCUCAAGGAAAUCAUUUCCAGGAUGGACACUCAGCUCAAUGAGCAGCAGAGACAGCUUGAGAAGGAACGCUGGAAGAUGACAGCAGAGCAGGCCAAGGCAGAGUCCACCCAGAGAGGCCUGGAGGGAGAGAGACAUGCACUUAGCAUGCAGAUCAACAUGGAGAGAGAGGAGCUGGAGAGAGCCAAGAGUUCACUGCUGGAGGAGCAGAAGUCAGUGAUGCAGCAUUGUGCAGAAGAGAGGAGGAAGCUGGCAGCUGAGUGGGCACACUUCCACACCAUGGAGAAGCAGAGGCACGAGAGAGCUGAGCGCGAGGUCAGCAGUCUGCUGGAGAAGAGAGAGGGCUCCAUCAUCAGCCUGGCACAGGAACAAGCAGACUUAAAGCUUCACACCGCAGAGCUGAAACAAAAGGAGACGGCCAUGGCCCACGAGAGAGAGAAUGUGGAGCGACUACGAGAAGAACUGGACAGAGAGAAAGAGAGAAUAAGCAGCACAGCGCUGAGACUCAAGACACGAGUCCAAGAGGUUGAGGCCUUCAGCAAGCUCGCUGCAGAGAAGUAUGAGGACGGAGAACGAGCGCUGCAGGAGGCGAAACGUGUGGAGGCCGAGCACGAGGCAAGACUCAGGAAUAUACACACACAGACAGAGAGACUGAGGCAGCAAGAACAACGAAUCCUUCAGGAGCGAAUGCGGUUAAGUCACCUGCAGAAGGACACAGAGAGGCUGACGUUAGACACUUCAACUUCAUCAUUCACACAAAUGAUUCCACCCAUUUUACCAGAUGCAGCUUCAGUGUUGCCAAACCCUGAGCUGUCAUCAACCCUGAAUAUUCCUCCUGCUACUUCAUUUGCCAACUCCCAGUCCAUGGCUCUCCAGGCCAGUCUGGCUCUGUGGAAAUACACUGCUGAAAAGGACCGUGAAUUCCUCGAAGAGGAGAAGAUCUUCUUAGAGAAUUUGAAGAAGAGAUCUUACAGAACAACUUUCAACACAGAUUGACCGUGACAUGCUGGGUGCUCGCAUUAAGAUUUGUUACUUUAAAUGUGUCAUACUUGAAUUUUUAUACAGCUUUCAUUAAAGAGGUUUUAGAUCAAA